AAAUCAUAAAAGUUAUAAUGGAAAAUUUAAACAAGUUUUGAUAUAGUAAUAUCUAUAAAGUAUAGAACAAGUGGAAUAAAAUGUGAUGGAAACAACUGUUUUUGAUGAAAAUGGUCCAAGUGAGAUUUUGUAUUGUGCUACUUAUUAUAGUCGGGGAAGGUAUACUGGCAGCACAAGACAAUAUCACGGCCAAUGUGACGUCAGUCACACUCGAUCUAAGAAAGAAGUUUAAGGACACGCGUAGGAAUCACGACCACCAAAAGAAGAAAAAGGGCAGGUCGACGUCUUCCUCAUCGCGGUCGUUGGAGAGGAAAGGCACUGAUGAAAAAUCAAGAGGAGAAUCGAAAGAUGAAUCGUUGGAUCUCAGUACGGAGCUUGCGUCUUCGGAUAAUGAGUCUAAGAAGAAAAAUGAACCAAAGUCCAGCGGUGAGAGGAAGGGAUGGAGAAAAUGGCAUCGCAAAUGCUUUCCAUGCCCGGAAGAGAUGGGCAAAAAAUGGCGAGACCCAAGCAUCAAGUGGAUAUGUGGCGCUUACCAACGGGCACAGAGGAGCUUCAAGAGUUUGUGCAUGAUGCACUACAGGAACUGUCAGGAUGGUACUAUGUUCACGAAGAUCCACGAUCACCGCUGCGUGGAAGAUCGAGAUCGUGCUGGAGAGCCUCACGGGGACCACUUCUUCUACGACUACGUGGUCCACCUGACGGGAGAGUCUACCCGCUCCAUGAGCAGCGACGAGACCUCGGUGAGCCACGUGUCUGGUGAAGGCAACGAUGAUGAUGAUGAAGGCGAUGAUGACAAAGAGCAGGACGCAGAAAAAUAAUCAAGUUUCUAUAAAGACAGUAGAGAUGUUCAUUGAA